AUGCUUGCCUUCUGCCUUCUUCAUGCAUCACCACCACCACCUCCCACCGUUAUAAUACCACUUCAGCCUCCAAGAGAACUUUCCGGCAGUGGCCGCCGUCGGUCUUCAAACAUGUCGAAGAAAGCUUUGCAGAUUGUGUUUGUUGUCAUUCUGGCGGUGGUUGCACCUCCGAUGAUGGAAGGAAUAAAUGUGAAGCUUGAUAACACGGCCACCGAUACCACCAUGGUCCCCGGUGGACCGUCGGAGAACCAACUAAAAUGCGGUGGUUGUCCCUGUAACAAUCCUUGCUACACUACAAGUCCUCCUCCACCACCACCAUCGCCACCACCACCACCCAAGAUGCCGUCUCCAACACCGGGCCUGAACUGCCCUCCGCCACCAACAACCGGAGGUGGAUAUGGGCUGGCGCCUCCAUCGUACAUUUACAUUACUGGUCCACCAGGAAAUGUGUAUCCCGUCAAUCCAUAUUUCUCCGCCGGCCACCGCAACUUCUGGGUUGCGCCGCCGCUGCAAGUGAUCGUAUUUGGAUUAGUGAGUGUGCUUAGUUUUUAACUAAUUUCGAUAGAAUCCAUUAAGGAUUUUGAUAAAAAGAUGGAAGAUUAUUCUGGUAGCAAUGCAAUUAAGCUCUAAAUAACAAGCUUUUUUAUUCGUCUUAAUUGUGGCCAUUAAUG